CAAAAAUUAAUAAUGUCAUUGUCUCCUCUCCUUCCACGUCCUCCCCACAUUUCUUUCUAAAAGGCAGAUCAAAGCUCACUCUUUGCGAAACUGAUCUCACAGCUGUUUGCUUUUCUCUCUCUCAAGAAAUUCAUCAAACACUUUCAGAGCUAUGAGGUCCAAAACUCAAUCUUCAAUUAACAUCAAGCUACUUCUCCUAUGUUUCUUCUUCUUCUCUCUUUUUCUCUUGAUCAUCUGGUCAAAUUUCACAUCGUCUCAUCCAAAUUCAUCACCUAUACCAGAAACCAACCUAGCCAAUUCUACAAGCUUCAACUCAGAUGAUCAAGAACCUUCCUCUUCCUGUCCAUCUCUUCCCUUAAACCCAACAUGCAACAAAAUCCCACCUUCCUUAGCCAAUUCUCUCGUUCACUAUGUAACAACAAACAUCACUCCACAACAAACUCUGAAAGAAAUUUCAGUUACCUUAAGAGUUCUGGAGAAGAAAUCGCCUUGUAACUUCCUCGUCUUUGGCCUUGGCCAUGACAGCUUGAUGUGGACAUCUCUCAACCACGGUGGCCGCACAGUUUUUCUCGAAGAAGACAAGUCCUGGAUAAAGCAGAUCAAGGAGAAAAUACCUAGUUUAGAAUCCUACCAUGUGAGCUACGACACCAAAGUUCAUCAAGCAGAUGGAUUGAUGGAGACUGGAAUGGGGGAAGAAUGCAAAAUUGUGAGUGAUCCAAGAUUCUCCAAGUGUCAACUUGCACUCAAAGGGUUCCCUAGCGAUGUGUAUGAUAUAGAAUGGGACUUGAUCAUGGUAGAUGCGCCAACUGGGUAUCACGACGAGGCUCCGGGGAGGAUGACGGCGAUUUACACGGCGGGGUUGAUGGCGAGAAACAGAGAGAAUGGAGAGACAGAUGUGUUUGUUCAUGAUGUGGAUAGAGUAGUGGAAGAUAAAUUUUCUAAAGCUUUUCUUUGUGAAGGGUACUUGACGGAGCAAGAAGGGAGGCUAAGGCACUUCACUAUUCCAAGCCAUAGGACUCGUUUGGGAAGACCAUUUUGUCCUUAAGAGCUUCUUCUGGGUUUGGGUUCUUUUCUCUCUCUUUCCCUUUUUUUUUUUUUUUUUUAAUUUUUAUUAUCAUAUAUUAUAUAAUUAAGAGGAUAACUGGUUUUUUUUGUUCUUUUGUUAUUAUUAUUAUUAUUUUUAAAUUUGUACUUAGCUGGGAUGCAGUGAGAUUCUGUUUCAAUUUAUCAAUUAUAUAGAAAUAUAAUAACUAUUUUUGAA